AUGAAAGCUCUCCGAUUUUUACUCCCCUUACUUCCUUUGGCAUCCAGCUUCAGCCACCCCGGAUUGCUGGUCGCUGAAUCUGAUCUGACCCGGCUCCGAGGGAAACUCUCAGCGCAGUUGGAUCCAUGGCAAGCUUGCUGGAACAAGCUUGUCUCUACGUCCCCUGCAAACGUUCCAUACACCGCCCAGGCUGUGAGCUCUGUCGAUCGCGAUAACGAAGCUAAUGCCGAUCUGCUAUGGCAAGAUGCCGCUGCAGCCUUCGCACUAGCUCUUCGCUGGAAAGUCGAGGGGAACACCUCGUAUGCGGAUGCAGCAGCUGAUAUUCUGACAUCCUGGGGCAAGAAGCUUACUUCCAUCGGGACUAAUGACGAUCAAUACCUUAUAGCUGGUCUGCAAGGCCACCAGUUGGCAAAUGCCGGCGAGCUUUUGCGGGACUACACCCCCUUCCGAGAGAAUGGGCUGGAUACCUUUCGGACGAUAAUGGUCGAUGUCUUUCUGGCAAAGAACAUUUACUUUCUUGAGCAUCGGGAGGGGUCGGAGCACAAUGUCAAGCACUUUUUCGCCAAUUGGGAGCUCGCGCAGAACGGGACUGGAAACGGUGCAAUCAACAACGCCAUAACAAAUAUUAUGGAAGAACCAGGUACAGGCAAUUCCCUCGGCCAAGGGCAAGAAGCGGGCCGUGAUCAAGGACAUUCUGCCUUAGACUUUGCCCUGCUAGGAAUCAUCGGACAACAGGCGUGGAACCAAGGUGAAGACUUAUUUACGUACAAUAACAGCCGCAUUCUCCUUAGGGCCGAGUACUUUGCCCGCUACAACCUAGGAUACGACGUCCCCUUUGAACCCUACACGAACGGCAUAGUCAGCUAUUCCGAAAUUGGCAGUGGUUCCCGUGGGAAUGUUCGAUAG